CUGUAUUACACUCAGAACUACCAUCAGAAGAUCCGGUUGGACUGCGCCGGCUACAUGAGAGCCAACAGGUGUAACUUUGAACCGUUUGUUGAAGGGUCCUUUGAGAAAUACCUGCAGCGUCUGGAGGAUCCCAAGGAAACGGUGGGUCAGGUGGAGAUCAAGGCUCUGUCUCAGCUGUACAGGCGGUGCUUCCUGAUCUACCGCUACCCUGGGAAACCAGCCACCGUCAUCUCAGAGGACGACUUCCUGAAUCAGGUGACGCUGUGCUGCUCCAUCAAUGGUCAUUAUGACAUUGUUUACCCGAGGAGCUACCCCACCUCCGCUGCGCUCUGCCAGUCUCUCCUGUAUGAGCUACUCUACACCCAGGUGUUCAGGUUGGAGGAGGCGGAGCUCUUUCAGGCCAUGGAGGCCUUCAGGAUCGGAAGUCGUCGAUAUAGAAACAGCUCGUCAGUGUGCAGUGAUGUGGAUGUUGGCUACGAUAUACCUGACGAACAAGGACACAGGGAGGACGUUGAGGCGAAUGGAACUGCCGAGGACAGACCUCUACCUGUAAUCGAUGACAUGAAGCUUGCUGCUGAAGCCCCGCCUCCCUCCAGACUCUCUCUGCCCUACAAAGUGUUGAAGUCUCUGGAUGGAGAAGUUUACAGAAACCUGGAGUUUGAUGUGUGGCAGGACACCUGUAAAGAGAUGCAGAAGACAGACUACAUGGUGUUCGCAGGGCGUCAGUACUUCCUGGGAGACAAGUGUCAGGUCCGUCUGGAACCAAAGGGAAAGUUCUACAAUGCCUUCAUCCAGGAAGUGGGAACUCACACAGCAGCUGUGACKGUGUUCAURGAGGAGCUGGGAGAGAAGCACCUGGUUCCUCUGACAGAUCUGAAACCAGUCAAUCCGGUUCCGGCCUGGAAUGUGGCGACGCCGACCAGGAAAGGAGAACUUGAACCGGACUCCCGAAAUCAGCGCCAUCACCGRCAUCGCUACUUCAGGAAGUCUCGAGGCAGCAGCAGUAUCAAGGGGGCGGAGCUACUCGUGCUUCAGCCSACUUCUUAUGGGAGCCCAGCUCCCUCCACUUUGCCUCCCCGCUUUCAGCCUGCAAGUCAUACUAGGCUCCCCCUCCCUCCAUCACCUGGAGCCAUGACCUAUGACCCCUAUGCCCCCCACCACCACCCCGCAGCCAGACCCCCACGCUACGGAACCUCAAGAAGCUCUACUCGUUUCCUGAACCGUCACCUGAUUGGUCCACAGCUGACGUACUACCACACCGGCAGGCGGUACUACGACUAUGAGAACUACGCCUUCAGGUCUCGUCGCAGUCGGCGCCAGCUGGGAGCAGCUCUAAACAAGGAGUGUCAGUUUGGAUUUUCAGCCGAGACGGUGGAUGAGCCCGCAGAUCUGGAUGCAGCCAUAGCAUACUACCAGCUGGACGACGCUAACGAAGCUGUCUUCCCUCCCCUGUCGGGCACUGCUGUGGCUCCUCUGCCCACUUCUGGCUCCUCCUACAGAGUUCAGAGGGUCUCGGGGCCCCUCCCUCCAGCACCUCCACCUAGAAACACGCCCAUCUGCUCCUCAGAGGAGGACCAGGGGGACACGAGUACCGUGGAGGACCAGGCGGAGUAUACAGAGGAGUACCUGUACAGGAGUAAAGAUCAAAGCUACCAACCGUCAGCUGUUUAUGCUGCUGCUGAGCCUGCCUCCACUCAGGACGAGCAGGACAAAGGUCCAGCUGACUCUCCAAGCAGACCAGAGCUGAGCUACAGCUACACUCAGCAGGUGGUGAAGCCAUUGGCUGUCAUCUGCUCUUCACCUUCAUCGUCCUCUUCCUCACCCUCGUCUCCAUCGUCACGUGUGCCCGGAGCGGCCCACCUGCCACCUGCCGCUCACACGCAGACACGCUCAGUUACCAUGGCGAUACCAGCAGCAGCUCCCUGGUUGGUCAAUGAUGUGYGCGAGCCGCUCGGCUCCUUCGUGGCUCCGCCUCCUUACUCCUACGACCCAAAUGGCAGCGAUUUACCGCGAGACUGCAGGGUCCUCCAGUAUUACUUCAACCUGGGGGUUCAGUGGUACAAUCAGAGCUGCUGGCAACAACAGGUGUACCCCCCCGCCUCCCCUGACCCUGCCUACCCCUACCAACACUACCCCACCUACCUGAAUCAGGAACCCCCCCUGCAUGCUGACCCCCUGUUGUUUCCUGACACCGCCCGAGGCUCCGCCCACCAUCCCUCCCCCUCCUCCUACCCAGAAUCCUUCAGGGCAGCAGAUGGACAGAGUGAUGGACAUGUCUCUGGCCCCGCCCCUGUGGUGGAAGGCCCCUCCUCUGUGGGCCCUGCUCCUCCAGGCUCUGCACCUUCACCUCUCCUCUACCAGGACCCRGUUCCCCACCCCCCUCCCACCCUGCUGCAUGUGCCGUUUGAAUCCACACCUCCAACUGCCUUCCUGACCACGGCUCCGCCCCCACUCUCUCACCACGCCCACCUCCCUCAUCACUCCUCCUACCAUUCUUGUCUGCCCGCUUCAUCUCAUUGGGGGACGUUCUCGACGACAGGCCAAGCCCCCCGACUGUACUGUCCGGCCCCCAGCUCUGCUCACGUGGUUGGUUACCUGUCUGCCCAGCCCCCUCACCACACACCCUCGCACUACAUCCCACCCCCCCUGUGAGGCGUUAGCUCGUGGCUAAUGCUACCAUCAGCUUUCAAUGAGCAGUUGAUUUUCUGCACCGCUUCCUGAGGGUGAACGAAGAAGACGAGCAGACGGAGGCGGCCAUUUUGUUGAAAUGUUUUGUUUUGCUAGCCACAUGCUAAAUGCUAACAUGUUUGUUUACAAGUCUGCCUCAGUCACUUCCUGUUGAACUUGACAGUGUUUUGUGUUUUCCUUCAGUUAACUGGUGAGUGUGUUCUGGAGGUGGGUGGGGCUAUGUUCUGGAGCUGGGUUAUAGUCCCUGUUUGUGAGGGACCUCCUUGUUUUCUGCUUGUGUUCAGAUGCAUUUUGGGUGUUUUGGUUGUGGUUUGGGUGAAUAAAACGUUCCAACAGCA